AAACUGCAUCGCGGGAGCAGGGCAGUGGAGCAGGCAGCGCCGGACGCCGACCCCACGCGCGUCUGCCGGGACAAGUGGAAGCUAGGCCAGCGGGCGAAAGUUCUAAGGCAAGCUGUGUUGGGGACUGGGGACAGCCCUACUGAGUGUCGGUCUCCGCCUCUCCUCCCUGUGUCAGCUCUGUUCUGCGCGGUUUCUUCAGUCUCGGCCCUUGGAAGCCCCUCCCACAGAGAUGGCAGAGACCUAACCUGCAACCCUCGGCCAGCUCCGCCCACCCAGCCCAUGGGCAGCCUGAGGCCCUCCCAGCUAACGAGAGCGCGGCGGCCGCGAUGGCGGCGGACGUCGAGGGGGACGUGUACGUGCUGGUGGAGCACCCCUUCGAGUACACGGGCAAAGACGGGCGCCGCGUCGCCAUCCAGCCCAACGAGCGUUACCGACUGCUGCGCCGCAGCACAGAGCACUGGUGGCACGUGCGGCGCGAGCCCGGGGGUCGCCCCUUCUACCUGCCCGCGCAGUACGUGCGCGAGCUGCCCGCGCUCGGCGACCCGGGCCCGCGGCCGCCCUCCGGGCCGCAGCCGCGCCCCGCCGUCCCGGAGCCCCUGACCUACGACUACCGGUUCGUGAGCACCCCGGGGGGCGCCGACGGGGCGUCCGCCGAGCCCCGGGGCCGGGCCAGCUCCCUGUGCGGGCCCUCGCGACAGCACGCCAGGAGCCAGCGCGACAGCCCGGCGCCCGGAGGGCCCUCCUGCCUGUACGCGCGCCCCGCCGCGCCCGUGCGCCCGGCGCAGUCCCUGGACGACCUGGCGCGGGGCGGCGGCGCGCCCCCUGCCGGCCUCCUGGGCAGCGCGGGCCGCUUCAAGGCCUCCAGCGUGGCGGGCUCCUGGGUGUGCCCGCGGUCCCUGGCGCGCAGCGACUCGGAGAACGUCUACGAGGCCAUCCUGGACGUGCGCUGCCCUCCGAGGGAGGACAGCCCGAAGCAGGUGGAUGACCCCUCGGAGCCAGUAUACGCCAACGUAGAGAGGCAACCUCAGGCCGCGUCGCCGCGGUCUGCGGCCGCUCCUUCCCGCCUCAGCCCGGUGUGGGAGACGCACACAGACGCGGACACGGGGCGGCCCUACUACUACAACCCCGACACGGGCGUGACCACCUGGGAGUCACCCUUCGAGGCAUCCGAAGGCGCCACCAGCCCGGCCACCUCCCGGGCCUCCGUGGGCAGCGGGGAGAGCCUGGAGACAGAGUGGGGCCAGUACUGGGAUGAGGAGAGCCGCAGGGUGUUCUUCUACAACAACUUGACCGGUGAGACGGCCUGGGAGGACGAGGCGGAGGAGCCGGAGGAGGAGCCCCUGGAGCAGCUGGAGAUGCAGCCCAGCCUGAGCCCGCGGAGCCCGGGCCCGCAGAGGCCCCCGACCCCUGCAACAGACUACCCGGAAGUACUGGCCAGUUACCCCGAGGAAGACUAUUCUCCUGUGGGCUCCUUCAGUGAUCCUGGCCCUGCUUCUCCCUUGGCUGCACCCCCUGGCUGGUCCUGUCACGUUACCCCAGAGAAGCAGAUGCUCUACAUCAACCAGUUUACACAAGAGCAGUGGGUAAGGUUGGAGGACCAGCAUGGGAAGCCGUAUUUCUACAAUCUGGAGGACUCCUCUGUUCAGUGGGAGCUGCCCCAGGUCCCAAUCCCCGCCCCUCGAAGCCUCCGCAAAUCCAGCCAGGAUAGCGACACUCCAGCCCCGGCUAGCCCUCCAGAGGAGAAGAUCAAGACCCUGGACAAGGCCGGAGUGCUCCAUCGUACCAAGACUGUGGACAAGGGCAAGAGACUUCGGAAGAAACACUGGAGUGCCUCCUGGACGGUGCUGGAGGGUGGAGUCCUGACCUUCUUCAAGGACUCAAAGACCUCAGCUGCAGGCGGCCUGAGGCAACCUUCCAAGCUCUCCACCCCCGAGUACACAGUCGAACUGAAGGGGGCCUCUCUCUCUUGGGCCCCCAAGGACAAAUCCAGCAAGAAGAAUGUGCUAGAGCUGCGAAGCCGAGAUGGCUCGGAGUACCUGAUCCAGCAUGACUCAGAAGCCAUCAUCAGUACCUGGCACAAGGCCAUUGCCGAGGGCAUCGAGGAGCUGUCCGCAGACCUGUUCCAGGGGGAGGACAGCGAGCCCAGCAGUGCUGAUUUUGGGUCCAGUGAGCGCCUCGGAAGCUGGCGGGAGGAGGACGUGCGGCCGCAGAAUGCAGCCUCCCCCUCGCUCAGCCCCGGAGGCCUGGAAAGCGACUUGAGCAGGGUCCGGCACAAGCUCCGCAAGUUUCUACAGAGAAGACCCACUCUGCAGUCUCUGCGGGACAAGGGCUACAUCAAAGACCAGGUGUUUGGAUGCGCGCUGGCUCAGCUGUGUGAGCGCGAGAGGAGCCCCGUGCCACGCUUCGUGCUGCAGUGCAUCCGCACGGUCGAGGCUCGGGGACUGGACAUUGACGGGCUGUACCGCAUCAGUGGGAACCUGGCCACCAUCCAGAAGCUGCGCUAUAAGGUGGAUCAUGAUGAGCGUCUGGACCUGGACGACGGGCGCUGGGAAGACGUCCACGUGAUCACGGGCGCGCUGAAGCUCUUCUUCCGAGAGCUGCCGGAACCCCUCUUCCCCUUCUCGCACUUCCACCAGUUCAUAGCAGCCAUCAAGAUGCACGACCCGGCCCAGCGCAGCCGCUGCGUGCGUGACCUGGUGCGCACGCUGCCCGCCCCCAACCACGACACGCUCCGAGCGCUCAUCCAGCACCUGUGCCGGGUGAUCGAGCACGGCGAGCAGAACCGCAUGACCGUGCAGAACGUGGCCAUCGUGUUCGGACCCACGCUGCUGCGGCCCGAGACGGAGGAGGCCAGCAUGCCCAUGACCAUGGUGUUCCAGAACCAGGUGGUGGAGCUCAUCCUACAGCAGUGCGCAGACAUCUUCCCGCCGCACUGACUGGGGACCCUGGGCGGCCGGAGGUCUGAAGGCUGGGCCUCCUCUGAGGGCCUCCCACCCCGCAGCACUGUGCACUGUGACUUGUACUGCGCCCCUCGAGUCAGAGGGUACGGCGACCCCUGGUGGGCAGUUGAUGAAAUGUGAUCUCUCCCUGUUGCGUCCCCUUUAGGGGUUCCUUGGGGCCCUUCCCUGAUUACAGCGCCGCCUACUGUGUGGACGUGAGAAUGUGCCUGGGGGUCGGGGUGAACUUUUGCUUUCUAGGGCCGCGGCUGGGAGGAGGGAUUGGAUGAGGGCAUUCUGGCUUCCUCAGGCCUGAGCCCGGCCGGGCCUUGGCGGAGGAGACCCUGUAGGCCCCUGUGCUGUGCAUGGGGUCAUGAAGCAGCUACUGACACUGUCCCUGCUGCCAGGGGAGGACUGACCCUUGGCUGCCAGCCCAGCCCACCGACUGCUUUCCUCAGCCUUGCGCUCCAGUGCCCUCCUGAUGCGAGCCACCUGAGAGCUUUCCUUCGCUUCCCCCUCUCCCCGGGCCAGCCUGUUCUCUACGAGGGUUCUUCAGACCCACCGCAUGCCUACAGGGCAGCGACUACGUACAUGUGGAUCCGGGGAAGGGGGGCUUGCGGAAGUCCGGUGACUUCAGGGUGCCGCAGGUGAUCCGAUUGCCUGCAAGGGCUCUCCCCGCAGCAAGCCCAGCUCCCGGAGGAGGAAGCGGUGCCCCAACCCCAGUGCAGCACAGCCUGUGGGUAGACUAGAGUAAAUCCUCUGUGUGGGCUAGGGGUUGGGGGUCCCCGAAGGCAGCAGGAAACCUACCCUGGCUGUUCUGGGGGGAGGAAAACCCCCAGCGCCCGGCUGCACCCUGGCCCCGGUGCCUACCUGGCGCCCAGCAUGCAGAGCUAGGAGAGGCCUGUCCGGGAGGUCACGGACUCAGACAAACAGAGUUGAACCGGUGUCGGCCGCCUCCUUUCUUCCUCAGGCACACACCACCUCAGUUUAUGGAACUCAGCCCCUAACUAACCCCCCUCCCCACCUCACUGACUCAACAAACAAUAAUAGCUAAUAUUUAUUGAGCGUUCCUGCCUCGCCAGCUUUUACUCGGAUUACUCCCUUGGUUUCUUGCAGCCACUAUUUAUUGUGGGUCCUCGUGUGCCAGGCGCUGUGCUCUGAGGACAGGGCUUCUACGAGUGCUCUCUGGAGCUUAGCCCCCCCCCCCCCCGUAGGGCUAACGCAAGCCCAGCCCUGAUGGUAGUAGGCCCAAGAAGAGAACAAGUGGAGGCCUCUUGCCAUACACGUGUAUAUUUAAAAGUCCUAAAGCAAGCUAGUAACUGUUAAAUAAAAUGUCUAUUCUCCUA